ACGGGGGCCGACAAAGGAUGACGUCACUGCUGCCCCAAAUAGCCGAGUCUAUAUAUUUCGACUCCCCCUCCCUCGACGGUUUUACCAGCCGCUUCGCUUCCCUCCUCCCCUCCAAGUGCAGAUGAAGAGCACAGGAAACGGGAAGGAGAACGCAUCGCCGCCUCGGCCAUCUCCGUCCUACACCGUGCCGCUUCGCAUCAUCCGCCAGCCCCUGGCCAAGCCGUGGCGGCGGCCCGUGCCGCCGCCGCCGCGAGUGUAUCACGUGCAUCCUCGAGGCUUCCGGCAGCUGGUCCAGAGCCUCACCGGCGCCCCGCGGCCGCGCUCUUCCGAGCCAGCGACCGAAUCCGCGACGACGCCUUCGGCCCCUCUGAUACCAGCGUCUCCUACGCUGCUCUCACCACCGACAUUCGCUGCUCUUACCAGCGUCAUGGAGGACAACAGCGCAAAGCUGGAGUUCGCAUUGCCUUCGCCGUAUCCGGAGGCGUACACAGCGUGGAAUUCAUCUCCCAUCUGGGGAACGAUGGUGGAUGAUGACGGCCAUGUCUACUUCUAAUUAGUAGCCUCCGUCUCGGCUCCUCUGUUCUUGGAUCAAUCAAUCACUCAGACUAGACAUGCCCGAAAAUAAAAGCAGAGGAACAGAGAAGUGUGUUCUGUUCAUGGGUUAUGAGGAUUAUAUAUAAUUACAUAAAGAAUAAAAUAUGGAAGAAAAAUAUAAAUAGAUGUCGAUAGAAAACAAGAAAGCCGACAAUUGUGAAUUAAGUAAUUAUACGAAAUAUAUCAUAUAAUAUUUGAUCAUAAACAUGACGGUCUUUUUUUUAAUUUAAGCUUUUGAGAUGGUUUGUAU